CAGAGCAUGUCGUACGCGUCACCCGUGCGAUCACGCUGGUCAGCCGCAGCAUCGUUCAGAACACUAUUGCGCCUUGCUACCCUUAGCACCGGAAUCGUUCGUUGCGGCGCGUGGCUUGCAGUGGGUCCUCGAGGACGUGCGAGCAGUAUCUCCGCCUUUGUCGGCAGCAGCAACUCGGCCGUCGCCAGAUCACGCAAGACCAGCGUCAACAGCAUGGCUGCAAGCCCUCUCAUGGAAGGUGCAGGGGAUCACAUCCAGCGGGUCGAUACUCUGGAAACCGAGAGAGCGCUUGUCAGCAAGUACGAGGCCUUCGUGUUCGAUUGCGAUGGCGUUUUAUGGGGAGGCAGCCACGCCAUCGAGGGUUCACUGGACACGGUGAAGGCGCUACGGCGCGCCGGCAAGCGCACCUUCUUCGUGACGAAUAACUCGAGCAAGAGUCGAAGACAGUACUGUGUCAAGCUCGAAGGAUUUGGGGUGCACGGCGUGGGUGUCGAAGACAUCGUCACAUCUGGCUCGGCGAUCGCUGCCUACGUUAAACUCUCUCACCCGGAUGUACAGACCGUAUACAUGAUCGGGGAGGAGGGGCUCGAAGAGGAGCUUGAGAUGGUUGGGCUGAGGGUCGUGAAGGAGGAGGCGAGGCCAGCUCCGGGUAUGACGGAGGACGAGUUUCGUGAGAACGUCACGGACCCAGAGGUUGGGGCUGUUGUCGUGGGACUGGACACGUCCUUCGGGUUUCGCCAGCUGUGCGUUGCCUCCAGCUACAUCCAGAGCGGGGCUCACUUCUUGGGGACAAACCCGGACGUCGCCGACCGAGUGGGAAGCCUGCUCAUGCCUGGAACAGGGCCUAUGUUGACCAGCAUACAAACAGCCUCAGGGGUGGCACCAGUGGUCGUCGGCAAGCCCAACCCUCUCCUCAUCCGCCAACUGAUGGACCAGAAUGGCCUCGCAGCAUCCAAGACGCUCAUGGUCGGCGACAGGUUGGACACGGACAUAAUGUUCGGAAACGCCGGAGGGGUUUCCAGCGCGCUGGUGUUGACAGGGGUCAGCGAGAUGUCCGAUGUCGUGGGGCUGCAGGCCGGCGGGGACAAAACGCCCACAUAUCUCCUGGAAAGGUUGGGAGCUUUGUUGCCCGCAGCGACCGAGGCAGCAGAGGCGGCGACAGAAACUUCGGCCGUCGCAAAGAUGUGA